UUUCGACCCACUGUAUAAUGACAUUGCCGAUCGCCAUUUCUUUCCAUCACAUUAAACGGUAAGUGGACUUAAGUAGAUUUAAGCCGCCUUCCUGAACAUCGCAUAUCUGAUGAAGAGAGCUCGCUGAGAGAAGAUGGAAACUUGAUGUGCAUAAGAGAAGCAAUCAUCUUAAGACUUAGUGGCCUUUAUGUACAGAGACACAGCAGUAUCUACAUUCAUAUCGCACACCUUCGGUGAUACAAACAAGAAUUGCAAGAGCGAUAGAGGAAGAUAGAGAGAAGAAUUUUUACGGAGUGAACGAGUGGGAUGGACAGAGGAACGAGCACUUGUUUAAAAAAAAGAUCCAUAACUGCUUGAUCGGGAAGCGGCUUGCAUUGUGAAUAUAUUUUCAAGUGCUUUCUGACUGUGGGAAGAAAUAAAUGGAGAAUUUAUAUCCAUGCAUUGUUUGAUUUUGGUCUUUGUUGUAUGGAAUCGUUUUCCUCACUGGCAUCCAUUCGGAAGUUGUUGAAGUUUGUGGCCGCAUUAAGUAUCAUAUCGGGUCACGUGAAUGGUCUGACGUGUUGGAAGUGUAUUGGAGAGGAAUGUAGUGGGGAGAAUUUUGAGGAGUACUCAGAGAAAAUCCACUGUGAACAGGGCGAAUCGUGUAUGAAAGUUGUGUUUGAAAUGGUGGACUAUCCUUCUCCUCUGAAGUACGAGUCGGUUGUUAGAACGUGUUCGAGGGGUCCUUGUGAACCCAUCACCAUGGAAACAUUUACAUGUAAUGGCUGUCGAGGAAAGACUCGAUCCUACAGAUUCUACGGGUGUUCGAUUCGAACGUGCUGUGAAAAGGACUACUGUAAUAAGACUGCUAGUAUAACAAUGGGAGGAUUCUGGGCUUCAUUACUUUUCCCCAUUUUUGUGAUAAGAAUUCUUUAGUCCUUUUUGUUAUAAGAUCAAUCCAUGAACUUAAAUCCAUGAUAAUCACAAUUCUUUUGUUAAAAAAAAAAAAAGAAUAAUACAUUUCUUUUAUUUCGCAUAGUAUAUUAAGUUUGAAAUUUGCUAUCAGGUUGUAAUUAAUUGACGAAGAAUAAUCAGUCAAACGAAAUUAAAACGUGAUUUUUUGCCGCUAUUUCGGGCAAAAUAUGUUAUAUAGAGAAGUAGAAAAGUAGAAAAGACUUUAGUGGAUUGUUUUAAAACAGUGAUACUUUGUAUCACAAGAAGAGAGGUUUAUGUCUUUUUUUUGCAUAUACCAUAAAACAACGUAUAUACCUCUAGUAUAUAGAUCUGUUAAAGACAUUCGUCAGUGUAAUACACCCAGGAGACUCCAAAACGUUUAUCUGACUUGGAUCAUUAUAAAGGAUCGUGUCAGUGCAUUGUAUUGACAUUUGCUUUUAAUCUUCGUGGUAAUUUGAAUAGAUAUUCUAAAACUGAAAUAUCAAAAGAAAAUGGCUUCACUUAUUGACCUAAUUACAAAUCUGUCAUCUCUCGCUUUUGUGAAAACAAAUGCGAAUCUUUUGUGUUUGUAGAUGAAUCAAGAUGUUUCCCGAAAAUCGAUGAGAUACAGUCUGCCGAUUCAGCGACAUUAUUAAAUAUAUUCACUCAGAUGAAUGAACAUAUGACGCAACAAUGUGCUAGAUCAUUUGGUCUGAUUUGUUUGUUUACAGGAAGUUGAUCUUAUCUUAAUUACAGGUUGUUGUUUUUUUAAUUAUCGAGGCGUUUUGGCCUCGAUCUAACCCAACCCUAACUUAUAUGGUAAAUUUUAUAUAUCUACAUCAUAUACAUAUAUAUAUAUUUUAUUACAUUCAUCCGAUUUCCUUUCUCAAAUAGAAAACUAGUACGUCUUCCCCCUCCUAUAGUUUUUGAAAAUUCAAAUAUCAAUUUU